UUACCACCACUCACAGCUAGCCUCCUCCAGGUGGAAAUGCCCCUUUUUUGAUUUAAUCUCAUCUAGUAUUUCUGUUAAUUCUCAAACAAAAAACUUCUUCACCGCCCUCUCUCUUAUUCUCUCUCUCUACAAAAUGAACGGCGAUCAAAUAGUUCAACCAGUCCCAGACGAUCCCAAAGCUCCUCUUCUUCCACUCCAAUCCCUCCCAAUUCACAGAUCACAGAGCUUCAAUUCCUCAAUCAAAUCAAUCUUCACACUCAAAAACCUCUUCACUCUCCUCGGUCCCCUCUUGUGCUUCACUAUCGUCCUCUUUAUCAAGUUCGAUGAUGCUCCUCCUUCGAGCCAAAACAUGCUCGGCGUGCUCGCUUGGGUCUUCACAUGGUGGCUCUCCGAGGCUGUUCCGAUGCCGAUCACUUCCAUGUCGCCGCUCUUUCUCUUCCCUCUCUUCGGAAUCUCCACUGCUGACGAUGUUGCGCACUCGUAUAUGGACGAUGUGAUUGCGCUUGUGCUUGGAAGUUUUAUUCUCGCUCUUGCUGUUGAGCAUUACAACAUUCACAGGAGAUUGGCUUUGAAUGUGACCCUCAUGUUCUGUGGAGAUCCACUGAAUCCCCCACUCCUCCUCCUCGGAAUAUGCGGCACCACAGCAUUCAUUAGCAUGUGGAUGCACAACACUCCGGCGGCCGUCAUGAUGAUGCCGGUAGCCACCGGAAUCCUCCACCGAUUCCCGACGGAGCCCACACAAGACGACGUCGUCAUCAAGAACUAUAGCAGGGCAGUGAUCUUGGGGGUUAUAUACUCUGUAGCUAUAGGAGGGAUGAGUACUCUUACUGGGACAGGUGUCAAUCUCAUAUUGGUUGGCAUGUGGAAGAGUUAUUUCCCUGAAGAAAGUUCCAUCAGCUUCAAUACAUGGUUCUUCUUUGGGUUCCCAUUGACUCUAUUACUUCUCAUUGCUUUGUGGGCCAUACUUUGCUUGUUGUAUUGCUCAAGGGGUUCGGGUCGGGCCUUAUCUGCUUAUUUGGAUAAAGCCCAUUUAAGGAGAGAGCUUGAAAUCCUAGGUCCAAUGGCUUUUGCUGAAAAGAUGAUAUUGACUGUGUUUUCGCUGCAAAUAGUAUUGUGGAUGACAAGGAGCAUAACUGAUGACAUUCCUGGAUGGGGAGCUCUCUUCCAAGGGAGGACUGGUGAGGGAACUGUUAGUGUGAUGAUGGCAACCUUAUUGUUCAUAAUUCCGAAUAAGAAGCAACAGGGGGAGAAGCUAAUGGAUUGGAACAAAUGCAAGAAGCUACCAUGGAGCAUCGUACUCCUACUAGGUGCUGGACUAGCCAUAGCUGAUGGAGUGCGCUCAAGCGGCCUUGCCGAUGAGUUGUCAAAAACAUUAGAUUUCUUGGAAGAUGCCCCAUACUUAGCCAUAGCCCCUCUUGUGUGCCUCAUUAGUGGCACACUCACCGAGUUGAUCACCUCCAACAACGCCACCACCACCAUCCUACUACCACUGCUCAUCCAAAUUGCGCAGACAAUGCACGUGCACCCCUUGCUUCUCAUGGUCCCCGGAGCCAUUGGAGCACAGCUGGCAUUCAUGCUCCCAACAGCUACGCCUUCAAACACUGUAGGGUUCACCACAGGACAUAUUGACAUCAAAGACAUGAUCAAAACAGGGUUGGUGCUUAAGGUUGCUGGAGUUGUUGCAGUGACCUUUCUAAUGCCUACUCUAGGAGCUAUUGUGUUUAGAACAGAUAGACAAGUGCUAGAUUGGAAACUUCAAUUGCGCAAUUGCAAAUGAUUGGCUGAGCUUUGGGUGCAUACCGUGAAGAACUAUUGCCAUUCUUUAUUUGCUGCCAAAUAAUCAUUUGAAGCAAAGGAAAUAGAUAUAAUAUGCCUUUUUAUUUGUUUAUCUCUUCAUUCUUGUUUCCUUUUCCUUGUGUAUAAUUUUUAAAUAUUAUCUUUCCUUCUUUCUUAUAGCAAUUAUAUGUGUUAUCUAAUGCUUAUGCCUCUAGUAAAUAUUUUCUUAUUUGAUAGUCUAUAUAUAUGAGGUAUUUGUGCUUGAGUUUAUUUCAAAAAAAUCAAGUUACAUUGAAUGGUUGUGAGUCAGUGACUGAUUUUUUUUGCAAGGAAUUGUGAUGAGUUGAGUUUAUGAGGUAGCGUAGGAUUUACAUUGUAUUGGUUGUAUUGUAAUUUGUUCAUCGAAUUGGAAAGUUUUGUCACAAAAAUGCUAAA